UUGGAAGAAGACGGGUCGAGCACCGCUGCUAAUCUCGCGCUGGAAGAGAAAUACUCGGGCGGCAAGAAGUCACGAGGCGGCGGCGGUGGUGGCCGUGGAGGCAGAGGAGGAGGUAGCCAGAACAGAGAGGUGCUUGUUUCAAAGGCGCUUUCGAAGCUGUUGAGGCAUCAGGCUGAGAAUGCUGGUAUCAAGCUUGAUGCGGAGGGAUUUGCGGCUCUUGACGAGGUGCUGAACUGGGGUCCAAUCCGGUCUCUGAAAGUCACAUUGGCUGAGAUCAAAGAAGUCGUUGCCUCCAACGAAAAACAGCGCUUCACGAUGAAGCUGAAGACAACACUUGUCGCUGAGCCCUCGGAAGAGGCAUCCACGCCUGCUCACUACGUCAUCCGCGCCAACCAGGGACACUCUGUCAAGAUUGAGUCAGCCGCCCUCCUCGAGCCCAUCACCCUCGAGGCAGGCAACGUGCCGCCCAGAGUCAUCCACGGGACGUACUUUGCCUUUUGGCCGGCCAUUGAAGAGUCCGGAGGGUUGAAGGUCAUGGGGCGGAAUCACAUUCACUGCUCGACGGGGACGCCGGAGGAGGGCGUCAUGAGUGGUAUGAGAAAGGAUGCGGAGCUGGUGAUUGAAAUCGACGUGGAGAAGAGUCUGCAGGACGGCAUUCAGUGGUGGAGGAGUGAUAACGGGGUUUUGCUGACGGAGGGUGGGCAGGAUGGAGUGUUGGGUACUGCAUACUUUAAGAAAGUUGCCGGGAGGAAUAUUGACGUUGGAGUCCUUUGGGAGGAGGGCGAGAGGCUUUUAAGUCUUCCUGAAGGAAUCAAGGGAAGGGUCCCUCCUGGGAAAGGACAUAGAGGGGGUGGGAGGGGAAGAGGAGGCAGGGGAAGAGGG